CUGCGAGGCCAGAGGGAGCCCCCGCUCCGUCUCCUCCGCACCUGCCUCGCCAAGCCGGGCUCUUCGGAGAGCCGCCGCCGCUGCUGCUGCGGGAGGGGGCGCGCACACUGCAGUAAUGCGAGACCGUCCCCGCCUGGCGGGGAGCGGGAAGCCGGCCGAGUCCCAGCCCAGCCAGGUGUUCCGCUUCUGUCUGCGGCUGCCGGCCCAGAGCGCUCAGUGACCCGCCAGCUCCAGGCUGCGCUGCCCCUGGGCGCGCUUCUAGCGCUUGGCUCCGGCUGGAGGGGGGGUUGCGGUAGCUGGAGAGGAAGAGGGGGAGAGAGAAGCUGCAGCUCCUUGGUGCUCCUCUUCCCCCCCCCCAUUUGCUGCUGCCGCCGCUGCCUCUUUGCCGAUUCCAGGCGAGCAGGGAAGCGGGUGUCAUGCAAUUGGUGCCCAGUGAAAGGUCUCCGAGGCUGAAGUACCAGUGAGAGGAAGUGCCGCGGAAUCAAGCCGGCUCUGUGCAAUGACAGCCAUGAAGGAGCAGCAGGCAGCGCCGAACCCGGGCAGCCGGGGGAGCCAGGCUCAGCAGCAAGACCAGGAGCUUGGAAGUAACAGCCCUCCGCAGAGGAAUUGGAAGGGAAUUGCAAUUGCGCUGCUGGUGAUUCUAGUUGUAUGUUCACUCAUCACUAUGUCUGUCAUUCUUUUAACCCCAGAUGAGCUUACAAAUUCAUCAGAAACCAGAUUGUCUUUAGAAGAUCUCUUCAAAAAAGAGUUCAUAGUUCAUAAUCCAGAAGCCAAAUGGAUUAAUGAUACAGAAGUGGUGUAUAAAAAUAGGAAUGGACAUGUUGUUAAACUGAAUGUAGAAACAAAUGCAACCACGUUAUUAUUGGAAAAUACAACUUUUGUAACUUUCAAAGCAUCAAGAUAUUCAGUUUCACCAGAUUUAAGAUUUGUUCUUCUUGCAUAUGAUGUCAAACAGGUUUUUCAUUAUUCUUAUACGGCUUCAUAUGUGAUUUAUAACAUACAUACAAGGGAAGUUUGGGAGUUAAACCCUCCAGAAGUAGAGGAUUCAAUUUUACAGUAUGCGGCAUGGGGUGUACAAGGAGAGCAACUGAUUUAUAUUUUUGAAAAUAACAUCUACUAUCAACCUGAUGUAAAGAGUAGCUCAUUGCGACUGACAUCCUCAGGAAAAGAAGGAAUCAUUUUUAAUGGAAUCGCAGACUGGCUCUAUGAAGAGGAGCUUCUUCACUCUCAUGUUGCCCACUGGUGGUCCCCGGAUGGAGAAAGGUUGGCAUUCUUGAUGAUAAAUGACACUUUGGUACCAAACAUGGUUAUUCCUCGGUUUACUGGAGGUCUGUAUCCCAAAGGAAAGCACUAUCCAUAUCCUAAGGCAGGUCAAACAAACCCAACGAUAAAGCUGUUUGUAGUCAAUCUAUAUGGACCAACACAUACACUGGAACUCAUGCCACCUGACAGCUUUAAAUCAAGAGAAUACUACAUCACUAUGGUACAGUGGGUAAGCAAUACCAAGACUGUGGUGAGAUGGUUAAACAGACCACAGAACAUUUCCAUUCUUACGGUUUGUGAGACCACGACUGGGGCUUGUAGCAAGAAAUAUGAGAUUACAUCAGAAGUGUGGCUUUCUAAACAGAAUGAGGAGCCAGUUUUCUCCAAAGAUGGAAGUAAGUUCUUUAUGAUAGUCCCAGUGAAACAAGGUGGCCGGGGUGAAUUCCACCACAUAGCCAUGCUUAUUGUCCAGGCUAAAACUGAACAAAUCAGUGUGAGACACCUGACAUCAGGAAACUGGGAAGUUAUCAAAAUCCUGGCGUAUGAUGAAAAUACUCAAAAGAUUUACUUUUUAAGCACUGAAGAUUCCCCAAGAGGAAGACAGCUACAUAGUGUAUCAACUGUUGGAUUACUGAACCGCCAGUGUCUUUCAUGCAACUUCAUGAAAGAUCGGUGCACAUACUUCAAUGCAAAGUUUAGUCCUAUGAACAAGCAUUUUUUACUGCAUUGUAAAGGACCAGGCGUUCCAAUUGUUAGCGUGCACACUACAAGUAACCCUGGAAAAUUUUACAUUUUGGAAGAUAAUGCUGUGUUGAAAGAAACUAUUUUAAAGAAAAAGAUUUUCCGGACAGAAAUUAAAAUGCUUCACAUUGAGGAUUAUGAACUUCCUUUACAGUUGUCAUUUCCAAAGGAUUUCACAGAUCGAAACCAGUAUGCUGUUCUGUUAAUAAUUGAUGAAGCUCCAGGCAGCCAGCUGGUUACAGAUAAGUUUCACAUUGACUGGGAUUCGGUGCUUGUCAACUCUGAUAAUGUCAUCGUAGCUCGAUUUGAUGGCAGAGGGAGUGGAUUUCAAGGCCUUAAAAUUCUACAGGAAGUCCAUCGUUGCUUAGGUUCAGUGGAAGUGAAGGACCAAAUAGCAGCUGUAGAAUCAUUACUGAAACAACCAUUCAUAGAUCCUAACCGACUGAGCGUAUUUGGAAAGGGAUAUGGCGGAUACAUUGCAUCAAUGAUCCUGAAAUCCAAUGAAAGACUUUUUAAAUGUGGAGCCGUUAUUGCACCAAUCACAGACAUGAAGUUGUAUGCUUCAGCUUUUUCAGAAAGAUACCUUGGCAUUCCAUCUAAAGAGGAAAAUACGUAUCAGGCAUCCAGUGUACUGCACAAUAUUCAUGGUUUAAAAGAAGAGAAUUUGCUAAUAGUUCAUGGGACAGCUGAUACUAAAGUCCAUUUCCAACACUCAGCAGAACUAAUUAAACAUCUAAUAAAAGCUGGAGUUAAUUACACUAUGCAGAUCUACCCAGAUGAAGGUCAUAACAUUGCAUCUGAGAAAAGCAAAUAUCACCUUUACAGCACAAUCCUUGGGUUUUUUAGUGCUUGUUUAAAGGAGGAAGCCCCAAUUUUACCACAGGAACCUGAAGAGGAUGAAUAAGGAAGCCUGUUUGUACAGUACUGAAGGGAGACUUACUUUGAGGCUCAAUAAAACCUUAAAUAAAAGAGACUGUAAGAGUGCAGAUUCUGCAGAAGCUCAAGGGCAGCUAAAGGAUGUAACAGUGGAACAGCACAUUUAGAGACACUGAGCUAAUAAACUGGAAUUCGAAUUCAAAGUCCAAACAUGUUACUGAGGGACAGAACUUAUACCUGUGUGGAAGGACAACGGGUGGUUACAGUUUCGUGGACAAACUUAGUUUUGCAUAAGUGUAGAGUUAGUGCAUGUUUAUUAUGUUAAGCCUCACUGUUUGUUCUGUAAGUAGUUGCUCUGUUUUUAAUUUAAAAGCACAUCUUUAUCCAUUUUUGGAUUAUGCUCUACCAAUCAUAAAUAUUAAGGCCACUUAUAUUUUAAAAGAUGAGUUGCAAUCUAAUACUUUACUGUAACAUUACAAUAAGUGCAAUUCCUUUCCUGUCUAUUAAGCAUAAGAAAGCAUUGAGUUAAUAAAGGAUGUGAGAUUUUCUAUAGUUUCUGUUUAAAGGGAAAAUAUUGUCCAGUGGGUUAUAUAACAUAAGUAUGGAAACUGAUUUUAUUUUAUUUUGUUUGUUUCUUUUCAUUUCGGACAUUUAUUAUCAUUAUUGUACCUAUUAGUAACCAGUAUGGGCAUUUUUGAGAGUGCACUCUUGGUCUUUAUGUAUAUAGACAAGACUUCCUAAGCAGAAAAUCUUUGUAUGCUUGAAUAAUUUUUCAAGCCAUAAUUAACAGCUGUGUUUUAACAAUGUCUGCAAUUGAACUACUUCCCCAAUCCAAAAUGUAUCAUUUCCAUAAGAAAUGUUUGGGUUGUGUUUUGGUAUUGUUUAUAGUAGUUAAUAGUUUGCUGGUUAUACUCUAAUUUUAGAAUAUGCUACUUUGUCAGAUGUAAAUUAGAUACAUAAAUAUUAAAUUAUAGUUUCAGAUAAAGAAAUUUUAUUAAAAAUGUAAUGCCAUUGAGUAGUAUUUUACCCUAACAAAGAAAUCUUUGCUCAGAUUCCAUUCUAAUUUCUGUGGAGGUAGCAGGUAACUGGAACAGUCUGUCAGUUUUUAUUUGGUAUUCCACAACUGCUUAUUAAGAAGGAUUUACAUUCACAGUGUAAUGAAGAAAUGAAAUAUUUUUCAUCCAUGGCCACGGAAGCUCCUGACAAAUGAAGUUUUUUUAUUUUAUUCAAAUGGAGAUACAAGAAUGCAUCCAUUUAUUUGCCAAGGUGAAUUACAGCACUAGAAAUUGAUGCUAUGAAAUAAACAAACCAGUCAACAUAGGUCAUCAGAAUAUUAAUAUCAAUCAUUGAAAUCAAAUAUGAUGUUCAUUUAAUAUUAGGUAUGUUCCAGAAGGUAUCUGAAGGCUCUUGACAAAUGCUGUGCAACUCACAUAAAUACAUAUGUAAUUUUUU